AUGUGUGGGCCUGAGCAUGUUUCGGCCUGACCGUGUGUGGGGGCCUGACCGUGGGUCUGGUUUCAGCCGCCCUGCUGUGCGACCUCGGAGCCCCGCUCUGCUAAAAGCACAACAUUCAGUUCAAUUAGCGCCCUGAAUUAUUGAUGCCCGUCUGGAAGAGUAUUUGUAUUUACACUGAAAUUAAAAGCCUCCGGUGUCAGUUAUCGGGCUUGAGGGACGGAGAGACACACAGGAGGGGAGACAGAGAAAGAUUUUCUUUUCGUGUUGCCCCCCCCCCCAAACACCAGUCUACAAAUAAAAUGUUUCAUGACCAGAAGGUCAAAUUUGGAUAUUCCCACUAACUAAUGAGGUUCUGAGCUGUAGGACACUGUUGAGAAUGGAGCGAUGGUCUUUGGGGUUCCUCAUUUCACGACAGGAGACCAUUUAAUAUGACCAACUCAUCUGUCAGGGUGGUUAUGGCCUUAAUAAUGACGCCAUCUUCGUUCCGGAGCCCAGGGUCUUCACCGGCCCCCCCCACCUGGAGGUAUUUUGGGGUGAAACACUCCAUAACGCUGGAUGCGAGACGGACGGGAAUGAGUCUGCGUGCCUCUGGUCCCCCCUGAUCCCCAGCUGCUCACCCUGUGCUCCUUUACUCUCUGAGCAGCGUCCUCCUUCCUCAUCCUCUUCCUCUCCCUCCAUUUGACUGCUUCUCUCCUGACCAAGCAUUUGUAGAGAAGCUGUCCUCAGACCCAGACAGCAAAUUGUCCCGGUGACAUACAGUCACAUUUCAAAAUCAUCCAAAUCCGCAUCUGUUCUCUUUUAUUAACAUCAAAGAUCAGAUACAGAUUUUUUUAAAGCUUGGAAUCCCACAGUGUAUCCCAGAAUACCCAUUACUCACAUUUUCAUUCUCAAACACCUUCUUAAAGUGACCUUUAUUCAUUGAUACAUCUUUCUCCCACUUUGUUUCUCAGUCGUAUUGUUUGAGGGUUCAAGCCACACACGAACCCUCCCCAUUUGACCUGUGGCCGAUAACAGGAAGGUAUUAUUUACCUACUAACAAAAAUACCCUUAUCUCUUUUGCUUAAUUUGUUCACACGGCACGUAGCGCGGUGCCCCUUAAAGUCUGUCUUAUUUGAAGAUAAUCAAACUCAAGGUGGGCGAUGAGGGCGGGGGGUUGUGCGCGCGAUCUGUCAGUUGUCUCCGACAGUAGCCGCAGAACCGAGGAAGAAGAUUCGAAGAGAAGAGGUCGGGGCCAUUCUGCCGGGCAAGUUACCAGCAUCAGCUUUUCAGAGAUGCAGUGCACCUGUAACGCUCCUUCAGGACCUGUCACCGCCCCUUACUGGACCAGGACAGUGUUGUUCCCAGACUGGGCCUACAAGCCGGCGUGGUCCCCGGGGUCCCGGCAGGUGCAGCUGUGGCACUUCCUGUUAGAGCUGCUGGGACGCGGGGAGGGCGGAGCCAUCGACUGGGGCCGGGAGUGGGGGGAGUUCGUGAUCCGCGACCCCGAGCGGCUUGCGCGGCUCUGGGGCGAGAGAAAGGGAAAGCCACACAUGAACUAUGACAAGCUGAGCAGGGCGCUGAGGUAUUACUACAAUAAGAGCAUCCUGCAUAAGACCAAAGGGAAAAGAUUUACCUACAAGUUCAACUUCAGCAAACUGAUACUUGUGAACUACCCUGGAUACCCAUCUUGCCACGUGCCGGCCAGCCAGCCGGUUCCGAGUGCUGCAGUUCAGUUCCCUCUCUUUCCCAGUGAGGGGGGGGUGUCUCUCUCAGGGUGCGGGAGGCGGGAAAUGCUGGACAGAGCUCUGCAUUCCAUUCCUCAUCCGUAUCUCCUGCCGUACUGUUUGCAUAAGCCAUUCCCGGGACAGCUGUCGUAUCUGUCCAUCCCGCCCACUCCAGGAACGAGCCAAUCACAACUCACAGGCCUUCCGUCCGUCGGUGCUGCAAUGCACCUUCCACCGGCUCUUAAUGGGUGGCCGGCGUGCACUGCGUGGACCUAUAGCGGCUGCAGUGCCGAGAAGGAGGGAGAGAGAGAAAGGGCGAUGAGAAAGAAGGAAACACUGGAAGGAGGAGAAAAGCGGAGAAAGAAGGGAAAUCAGGAUUUGCUGUAGAAGUCUUCAGUUUUUAUGCUUGUACAUACAAUUUAAUUGUCACUGUUUACUUGUUAUUCCAGCUGUAAAGUUUAAUUAUAUAAAAUUUGCAUUAAAAUAGUACACAUACUAUCCUAUUUAUUAAAAUGCUUUUUAUAUAAAUGACUAUAUUCUCCAAUUACAAAAUAGACUUUGUGUACAUUGCUUAUAAUAGUGUACUGCAUUGUGUAUAUUAAAAUUUUAAAUUACACAAAUA